AUGGCCAAACGAAAAUAUCCCGACCCCGACAUUGAUUCCACCGCCACAGUCACAGACACCCCUUCCAAGCGUCGAAGGAAGACUACAGAUGGAGGAGCGGCACUCACCAAUGGAGACCACGAGGACGGCUCUGCCCCAAGCCCUUCGAAAAAUAGGACACCCAAGCAAAAGUUAACGCCUUCGAAGAGGAAAAGAAAGUCCGUCGUCGAAGACCUUCAGGCCGAGGAAGAUGAAGAUGAAGGCAGUCCCACCCCAAAGCCAAAUGGUCGUACUCUCUUCUCUACUCCGACUCGAGGCAAAGGCGCCGCAACAGCUACUACCCCCUCCAAGUCUGCACGAGCAAAGGCAGACAGAUCUGCCAAGAGGAAGAGUGCCCGACUGCUGGCUGAGGCGCAGGACGAUGGAGAUGACGGCUUGGACGGGCAAGACGCGCGGCUGGCGCGGGAAAUACUUGAUGAGGAGGAUGAAGAAGACGAGGGCCCUGACGGAGAUGGGCUCGACCAGGAUAUCGUGGCGGCGGUUGAAGGGAAUGAAGUUGACACGCCGUCAAGGAAGAGCACCGGCAAACGAGGGCGACCCAAGGGAGCAAAGUCGAGGAGAUCGCCCACCCCGGAAGGCGACAUUCCUCCUGAAGAACGGUACUUUUAUCAGAAUCGUUCUGGCCCUCCUCAAGUCUCAAGCAACAAGUUCAACUCGGUCAAAUUGCUCACGCACGAGGAAUACCUUGAAAAUAUCUCAUCAUGGCAAGACCCUCACGAGCCGGAAAAGGCAUUUCUGAUGAAACUGCACACCCGGUCCUUUCCACAGUGGCGCUUCGAACUUGAGGAAGGGUUUGGUCUCUGUCUCUACGGCUAUGGCAGCAAACAACCUCUGGUCAAUCGCUUUGCAGAAUAUAUGUACAGCAAAUGUCAUCCGCCUCCUCGCAUCGUUGUGGUGAAUGGCUAUAUUCCAAAACUGAACCCGCGAACAAUCCUCAACACCAUUGCAUCGGCGGUGUCUAAUACAGAAGACCAAGCAAUUCGCCUAACCGGCCAACCAGAAGAAAUGCUCGACGCCCUACUCUCCCACAUUACGGAUGAGCCACCGUCCUCGCAGCUCCUCGUCAUGGUCAACUCUAUCGACUCCACUUCCCUCCGCCGGUCGUCCAUACAGUCUCUCCUCGCCCGUCUUGCUGCCCAUCCGCACGUCUGCUUUCUCGCGACAUGCGACACACCCACCUUUCCAGCCCUGUGGAACUCAUCCCUUCUCGAUCAAUUCAAAUUCGUCUUCCACGAUUGCACCACUUUUGCACCUUACACGGCCGAGAUAGGGAGUGUUGCAGACGAAGUCCACGAAUUACUGGGCAGAAAGAGGAUGCGCGCCGGUGGGAAAGAGGGCAUCGGGUUUGUGCUGAAGAGCUUGCCCGAGAAUGCCAGGAACCUGUACCGCCUGCUCCUCGCCGAGAUUCUGAGCAUUGUGGAAGACGGACUCGAUGGCGAAGGCACGCAGUACGCCAACGACAACGCCGCCAUAGCCGAAGAAGACGAAGGGCAACGGAGGAUAGCCUCCCGCAAGACGUCGCGAGGCGGCAACGACCACAAGAUGACAACCGCGGCGCCCGCUUCCAACACAGACGCGGAGGAGGUGGGCAUCGAAUAUCGCACGCUCUACCGCAAGGCCGCCGAGGAGUUCAUCUGCUCGAGCAGCAUGAACUUCCAGUUCCUGCUCAAGGAGUUCCUGGACCACCAGAUGAUCACCAGCCGGCGCGACCCUGUCAGUGGUGCCGAGUUGCUGGGUGUUCCUCUGGGUAAGGCGGAGAUGGAAUCCGUCUUGGAAGAACUCAUCUGA